AAUUGAUACAAUAUCAAGUGCCUAAAAGCAUAUCCAGUGAGAUCUUGUACUGUGAGCGAGAGAGUUGUGGGUGGUGUCAGCCGAGGAAGCACCGGAAAAAAGAACAAUGGAUAAAGCAACACCUGUACGGAACUCCCAUACAUCCACCGCCGAUCUACUUACCUGGUCGGAUGUUCCGCCGUCGUCCAACUCUUCAGCCGCCUUCACUCCCGGCGGUGCCUCUUGUCAUCAUUUCGGCUCCGGCGCUCGCUCUCAUCAGCCAUCUGAUAGAAUCAGUAAGGUAUUUAGUGGUCAGAUCACUACUGAAGAAGCUGAAGGCUUAAACAUCCGGAAACCUUGUUCAGGGUAUAAACUGAGCAACAUAUUUUCUGCUGGUGGUGAAGAUGGUACAUUAGAAUCUAGAACUGAUGAUGGCAGUUUUAGCAGUAGGACAUCAGUGCGCAUUGUUCAGCAAGCUACAAAUGGAAUAAGCCAGAUUUCAUUCAGUACUGAUGAAAACGUUUCUCCAAAGAAGCCUACCACUCUGACCGAAGUGGCAAAGCAGCGUGAGUUGAGUGGAAACAUAGAAAGUGAGUCAGAUAGCAAAAUCAAGAAGCAUCUAUCAGAUGCAAAGACCAAGGAGCUUAGUGGAAAUGAUAUCUUUGGCCCUCCUCCAGAAGUUCCUACUGGGUCACUGGCUGCUGCGCGCUCCUUGGAGUCGAAAGAAAGCAAAGGCAUGGGUGAACCUGCCUCACGAACUGUACGCACAUCUGUUAGGGUUUCUAAUCCUGCUGGUGGUCAAAGCAGUAUCUGGUUUGGUGAUGAACCUGUUGGCAAGACAACAAAGAAAACACAUAACCAGAAGUUUGCAGAAUUGACGGGGAAUGACAUUUUCAAGGGAGAUAUUCCUCCUGGAUCCGCAGAGAAGCUGCUGAGCAGCGCUAAGCUGAAAGAAAUGAGUGGCAGUGAUAUAUUUUCUGAUGGAAAAAUUGAAUCAAGGGAUCACCUUGGCGGUGUGCGCAAACCACCUGGCGGGGAAAGCACUAUUUCAUUAGUGUAAUCACGUCAAAUGGCUUUCAUGCUGACCUGCAGUGUCUGCCAAAUUUCAGCUACUUUCUGACCAGUGAGGACUUCAUGGCAUUUAAGAUAGAAGAAUGUAAAUUUUGAUGUGUUAAUACUCUAAUUUGCUACAAAAUUCAGAGUAGUUAGCCACUGAGCAUUUCUCUGUUGAACACUUGAACUGUUGUAGCAGCUUAAACUGGCAAUCCUGGGAAACACCUAGCCUGUUCAUUUUGCUCCAGUUGGCUUGAUCAGUUGAUCUAUAUCCAAGAAAGAAAUGAGAUGUCCAAACUGAUUCUAUCAAAAAAUGGAAUUUUAGUUCUCUUCUGCUUA